AACUGUCAGUCAUAAAAAAUUAAAAAAAUUCCUCAAAAUGGCUUCGAACAAACACAAAUUUAUCGACCGAACACCAUUAAUUUUAGCAGCUGGUAAGCGAUCGAAUGAUACGGAAGAUAGUGUAGCAAACUGUUUAAAAAAUUACUCAAUCGCUGAUACAUCGGAAGCACUGAAAUAUGUGGCUAACAUGGAUGAAAAGAAAAAUAAACCUCAAUUUGAAACUGAAAAAUACAAAAACACAAUGCGAAAAGGAAUUUUUACAGAAAUUAAACCAAUUUUACAACCAAAAGUGAAGACUCGAUAUCAGUCAUUAAUAAAUGAACUGAAAGAAACUACUUAUGAGUCCCACUGGAAUAAGGUUCUUGGAAAAGGAAGGGAUCCAAUUCCUGGACUGCCAAAAGGAUUAAAUCCAUUAGAAGUGACCUUUGGGAUACAAAGUAAUAAAGAUGAAUCGGUCAAAGAAUUAAUCAAUCCUUCGAAAGGGGUGUACCAGAUUUUAACAGAAAGUCAAAUUGGUCAUGAUUUAUAUAAGAAAUCACACAACAACUACAAUGCCGGAGAAAGAAUUUGUCGCAAUUAUCUGACACCUGCAUUUGAUAGUACAAAACGGUUUGGCGAACAUAGUCGUUAUGAUCCUAGAGGAAUAUGGGUUCGGUGUGCUUGUACUUGGCAUCAAAAUGAACCUGUGGUUUUUGUAAAUAAAAUACAAGCUGAUUUUCUAAAUAGAACUAGAAGUAGAUUAGGUGAGUGUCUGACACCUAACAAUAUUAAAAAACAGUUACCCGAAAACUUCGUUUUUGGAAAACCUUAUAAGAGAGAACUUUAUCGUAUUGAAGAAUUGCUAAAAGAUAGCAACUGUCCACCAUGUGAGUUUAAACGAGAUCUUAAACGCUGGCUAACGUCGUUCAAUACAUUAAAAACGUUUAUAAGACGAAAAGUAAAUAUAGAGUUUACUCUAGAAGAUCUGUGUCAACGGCUUUUAUAUUAUGAUAAAGAAAAAUGCGGCACACUGCCUCUCGAAGUAUUUUAUGACGUUUGUGCUUGUUAUCACUUCCUAUUUGACAAAGAAAAUCUUGAACCGUUUUUGCAAUUGUUAUCGAUUAUUUGUAACGAUAGAAUUGAAUACAAAAGGUUUUUAGAUAUUGUAAAUUACAAGAAAGAACCCAUACAACUUAUGAAACUUCAGGAUAUUCCCGAACAAAAUCAAUACUAUCUUACCAGCAGUCAGGCAGCUGUUUGUGAUUAUGUCAUUAUAAAUAAUGUCAAUAGUCCUACGGCAGGAAUUCCAUCAAUUCGAAACGACUUGUCACGUCCGACUGUUCCGUUAGGAGGUUGUCGAGCGGACUUAGAAAAUUUGGGAGAAGACUGUUCAGCUGGAAUUUUAUUAAAUCCUAGUAUAUAUCUCAAUUACGGAUUAUCCUUUAGAGACUUCUUCAUUCCACGAAAUCAAAAUGUUAUUCGAAGUUUGUUUGAAAAAGCUGGCUACAAGAUAAAUGACACAAUUUUCGAGAAAUUAUGGUUGGAGAGCAUUGAACAUGAUAAAACUGGAUUAGUCUGUGUUGAUACCUUCCACAAAAUGCUGGAGAAGCACAACGGCGAAAAGAAGAAGCUAAUAGUUGAUGAAGCAACAUGUUGAAUAAAAAAUUAAUUUUUCCUUUUUUUUAGUUAUGA